AUGGUUGAGCUGGCAGCUCGCUCAGGGUUUAAGUACUAUUACUGCAAUCCCUCGCUCGCCGCAGCAGUCAUUUUCAUCAUAUGUUUCCUUCUCCCAACAAUUUUACACACCUAUCAGCUAGUCCGCACGAGAACAUGGUUCUUCAUCCCGUUCCUCGUGGGAGGCUACAUUGAAUUCAUCGGAUACUGCGCUCGCGCCGUAUCAACGAAACAAUCGCCUGAUUGGACCAUGGGACCUUUCCUAGUUAACUCUCUGAUGCCACUUGUGGCACCCGCACUUUUCGCCGCAUCCAUUUAUAUGGAACCAGAAAAGCUUGUCGUCGUUCUUCACGCCGAGCGCUAUAGCCUGAUCAGACCCAAAUGGAUGACCAAGAUCUUCGUGCUGGGCGAUGUGUUGUCCUUCCUGCUCCAGUCCGGAGGUGCUGGCAUGAUGGCUGGGAAGACCCAACCCAGCUUCAAGACUGGGUCGAAUAUCAUCGUCGUCAGGCUGGUCGUUCAAAUAGUGUUCUUCGGAUUCUUUAUCGUUACGACCGGCCUCUUCCACCUGCGGAUGAACAAACAACCAACGACAUACUCGCCGAGUUCAGGCAUAAACUGGCAGAAGCUAGUGUGGACCCUCUACGCGGCGAGUAUUCUCAUUCUCGUGCGAUCGAUAUAUCGUCUGGUUGAAUAUGUUGAGGGGUUUGGUGGAUAUUUGCUCUCGCACGAGGCAUAUCUGUAUGUGUUCAAUGCGCUGCUCAUGUUUGUGAUGAUGCUGUUUUCCCAUGUUGUCCACUCAAGCGAGCUGAAUACUUGGUUGAGAUCCGGUGGAUUGGUCAGUAGGGCGUUCAAAUUCGAGCGAUUAAAUGGGGAUGGCAUGCGAAUUGCGUGA